UGUAUAUUUAACUCAACUUCCGCAUUAAUCUUUUACUUUUCUGAAAAAUGGAUUCUACUUCAUUUGUAUAUUACUUUUCAACAUUAUUAUUUCUCUCAAAAUUCUUUAAUAUUGGAGCAUGGAAUACAAGUGAAUGGCAAACAAAAGAAAAUCCUACUUUUAAAAGUUUUGUUCCAGAUUAUAAAAUCACUCUGGAUUAUGAUCAUCCUCGGGAAUACAUAUCUAGUCCAGGCUUUCCCCAUGAAGAUUAUCCUUCUGAUAUACAAAUAAUCUACGAAAUAGAAAUGAAAGUACCCGAUGAAAUCAAGCAGAUGAGUAACAGGAUAUUGCUUACAUUUGAAAUGUUUGCUCUUGAGGAAAGUGAUUUUUGCACCAAUGAUGGAUUGGAAAUAUCUGAUGGAGCAGGACAAGUCAGAGUGUACUGCGGUACUCAGGUAGGACGAACAAUACUAACUGAAAGCAAGAAGUUGUAUAUUCGAUUUUUUACAAAUCCCACCAUUGCAUCCAGAGGUUACAGUAUCUUGGUGGAAAUGUACAACACUCAAUGCUCUAAGCACUUCAAAGGUGACAGCACUGGAACAUUUUCUUCGCCUAAUUACCCUGGGCGGUACUAUGCCGAUGAUCUUUGCGUAUGGAAAAUUGAGGCCCCGGAAGGCAAAGUUAUUCGAGUGAAGUUUGAUGAAGUCUUCGACAUUCGUGCUUACGAGCCUCUUUGUGUUCAAGACUAUUUGGCAGUUAGUUUAACUGGCGAUUUUAGUACUCAUAUCAAAAGAUAUUGCCACGGAACCAGACCACUAACCAUGGUAUCCUCAGGCAAUUCUAUGCUUUUUAUGUUUCGCACAGACUGCUGUUUUGAAGGAAAAGGUUUCAGUGCCUCCUUUGCUCUAAUAGAUGAAGAUGAAAUAACACCUACACUGCCUCCUGACCCUAAACCACAGAUAUGUACUUGUGGAGAAGAAAACGUACAGGAAAUGGCACGUAUCAUGGGUGGUAAAGAAGUGGAGCCUCCAAAUCGAUAUCCAUGGGUGGUAGCACUGGUGAAAAAGAAGAAAGGCGUAGAUGAUUAUUAUUGUGGCGGAGCCCUAAUCAGCCCCGUAUAUGUUCUCACAGCUGCACAUUGCAUAGAAAAAGAAGAAGAAUCUGGCACUCGGAUAGCCUUAGGAGCACAUGAUACUGAUUCGAGUCCUGAGCCGGUUCCUAUUUCACAUUUCAUCUUUCACCCGAAGUAUUACAACAGAACGUAUUUGAAUGACAUCGCUCUGGUGAAGCUUCUGAAUCCUGCUACUCUUUCAGACAAAGUGCGGGUGAUAUGCCUGCCAACUUUCCCCAAAUUCACAUCUCCAAAUGACUUGGCAGUUGUUGCAGGCUGGGGAUGGCAGAGAUUUCAGCAAGGUAAAAACACAAAGCAGUUGCAUGAAGUAGAAGUACCUCUAGUAUCUCAUCCUACCUGUGUCUCGAAAUAUGGAGGAGUUAUUCAGGAAACUAAUCUCUGCGCUGGAGGUUUGAAAGGAAAAGAUUCCUGCUCGGGUGAUUCUGGUGGACCUCUCUUUGGGAAAUAUGAGGGCAAGUGGUAUUCUGUGGGUGUUGUUUCUUGGGGUAUGAGUUGUGGUCAGGAAGGUUAUCCCGGUAUCUAUACGAGAGUUUCAGAAUACCUCGAAUGGAUAGCAGACGAAAUCAAAGAUUCCCCACCAUGCGAAGAUGACAAAGAAGAAAUUCCACCACCAGUUCAACCUAAUUUGGAAAACUGUGGAAUACCCAAUGAUAAAGAUGAAGCAAGGAUUGCAGGAGGUAUUGAAACCGAACCUCUAGAAUUCCCCUGGAUGGCUAUGAUUGUAUAUAAUAGGACUGUUGUCGGAGCUGGAGCAUUAAUAAGUCCUUAUUAUGUCUUGACAGUAGCAAGCAUUUUUGAUAACUGGAUGGAAUGGUAUCCUGAAAUCUUGGAUGUCUUCCUUGGCAAACACAGAAUAUCUGUAAGAGAACCAACUUCCAAAAAGUUUGAUGUUCAAGCUGUUUAUCACCAUAAAAGUUACGGUAACCCUACGCCAUACAACAAUGAUUUGGCACUUCUGAAAUUACUACAACCAGCAGGAGACCAAUACAAACCUAUCUGUCUACCGAGAUCGGAUGCUUGGUAUCCUUCUUCUAUGACUCUUACCACUGCUGGUUGGGGAAGAACGUCCAAAAGAGGUGCUGGCAGCGAUGUCUUGUUAAAAGCUAACUUAGAUGUUUGGUCUGAAGAGGCCUGUGAGCAGAGAUAUCCCGGUUGGUUUACGCAACAAAUGAUAUGUGCGUAUAAAAAAGGAACCGACACAUGCGAAGGUGACAGUGGUGCCCCUCUCAUGAGAAUAUACUACGGAAGAUAUUAUAUAGCUGGAGUGUCUUCCUGGGCCAGUAAGGAUGGUUGUGCAGCAAUCGGAGCUCCUAGAGUAUUUUCUGCUAUACAUCAAAACUUGCAAUGGAUAUCUAGUAUGACAGGACUAGAUGUUGCUUAAAAUGUUCUGUUUUGUUAUGGGUUUAUUUUAAAUAAAAUGU